AUGAAUACCGCCUUUAAUACUGCUACAACUACUGCUCCUAUGACUGAACAAAUCUCAAAUACUACAAACUUCAAUAGCUGGAUGUUUCAACCAAAAUUUGACACCGAAGAACAAGAACAAGAACAAGAUGAUCUUACGACACCACAUUUUAUAAAGAAGGAACAAUCUUCUACAUCUCUUUCUUCUUCUUCCUCUUCUUCAUGGUUCGAACCAUUGGAGAAUAUUUUAUCCUCUACAUCUGCAUCUACAUCAUCAAUGGGAUCCCCAUUGGAUGAAAAUCAAUUCAAUUUACUACCUAACCUAAUCACCGUGAAAAAGGAGAAAAUUUUACCAAGUACAAGUACUAGUAAUAGUAAUAACACUUCUCCCUUCGAUUACGAUGCUUGUGAUGAAGAAACAGAUUUUUUCUUCAAUUCUUUAGCAAAUACCAAUAAUAAUAAUACCGCUGCCGCCGGCGCUGCCGCCACCGCACUCACGGCGUCAACAGAAGAAGAAGAAGACGAAACCACGAUAAAGAAACAAUUACAACAAAGCAUUAUCAACAAUAGUAAUAAGAAAAGAUGUUCAAGGAAAAGGUUAACCCCUGAUCAAAAACAAGCUCAUAAUAAAAUCGAGAAAAAAUAUAGAAUAAACAUUAACACCAAGAUUGCAAAAUUACAACAUAUUAUCCCAUGGGUAGCAAGUGAAAAAACAGCAUUCGAAGUGGGUGAUUCAAUGAAAUUACCAGAUUCAACAUCUAAUGAUUUACAACAAACUUUAAAUUCAACUGGUGCAAAUACAAAAUUGAAUAAAAGUAUGAUCUUGGAAAAGGCAGUUGAUUAUAUCCUUUAUUUACAGAAUAAUGAACGUCUUUAUGAAUUAGAAGUUCAAAGAUUGAAAAAGGAAAUUGAAUCUUUGAAACAAAAAUAA